AUGUCCUGCGGCGACGAGGCGGCGUGGCAGGAUCAAAGCAUCGUCUGCGGCGACUGCAAGGUCCUGAUUGACCGGUCCGUCAACUUAUACAGCACGUGCGCCGUGUACUGUGCGUCGAUAGGCCGAGUCUGCACGCAGGGAUACCAAAACACCGACGGAUGCAGCGUUCCCGAUAACAUCACGUCACCGAUAACCUGUAGCACGUGGAUCCAGUCUAGCAACGCGAUCUGCGAGUGCGGAGCGCCCGGUCUGUGCGACAUCUGCCCCGAAUCGACGUACAAGAGCGACACCAUUGCCGGCUACGGCUGCUGUAAGCGCGACGGUGAGACAUUUGCCUGCGACAACACUGCAGACUGGAUCGGCGACACAAACUACCCUGAAACGGGCCUGCCCGUGGGGGUGAACAAGACCGAGUGCGUGUUUCAUCCCGACAAGUACCUUUGGGUCCCGUACACGUGCAAGGACGCGCACGCAUACUGGACGGCAGGCGCAAACCGCGGCACGUAUAUCGAUUACUCGUGCCCCAUAGCGGUUGCGUUCUGGGAGACGGGCGGAGACCCGGGCGG